ACAUUUCUCCUGGGGCUCCUGGGUGCACGUUGGUGAAGCAUCUGCCUUCUCCCCAGGUCCUGGGAUCGAGCCCCACAUCAGGCUCCCUGCUUGGUGGGAAGCUUGCUUCUCCCUCUUCCGUUCCCCCUGCUUGUGUUUCCUCUCUCACUGUGUGUCUCUGUCAAAUAAAUAAAUCUUGAAAAAAAAAAAAAGAAGAAGAAGAAGAAGACUUUUUUCUUGUAAAUCACUAAGAUGUUUGUGAACUGAGGGAGACUCACGUCUCACAGAACUUUAAUCGCUGUAAACGAACCACUUGUUUUCCCUUCAGGAGUGCCUGAGGAAUGUUCCAGAGAACCCACCUGGGGGUGUCAGCUUGAGCUUUGUCCCCAGCUUGCCUUCUGCUCCCUUGUCAGUUAGCAGGGCUGCCAUUACGGAAAGUGAACAUUGUUACACAAAGGGCUUGUCCUCACUAUUCAGUGUUGUAAGAUUCUAGGAACUUGACAACAAAAAGCCAGGAAUGAUGUUGUUCACGUGCAUACUCCCUUUAUCUUUCACAAAGUUGUAAAUGAUCUCAGGAAAAAUUGGGUUUAUUUUUUCUGUUUUUCUUCAGUUAUACAAUAAAAUGAAACAGCCAGGCUCUUACUUACAGUCUUAACAAUCACUUAGAAUUCUGGAAGCUCCCAUUACUGCUGCUUGUGUCCACUGUCUGCUCUGCGCCGUGGGACUCCCUUUACUCCUUGGCGAGCAUCUUUGGGAGCCUGGGCGUCGGUGGUGCAGGUAACUGUAUGUCCUUUCAGGGGUCAGUGACUUUCAGAGAUGUGGCCAUUGACUUCUCCCAGGAGGAGUGGGAGUGGCUCCAGCCUGCUCAGAGGGAUCUGUACAGACAUGUGAUGUUGGAGAACUACGGCCACCUGGUCUCACUGGGUCUUAACAUUUCUAAGCCACAUGUGGUUUCCUUACUGGAGCAAGGGAGGGACCCCUGGCCGGAUAACGGAGCUGUGGGAGGAGAUCUGUUUUCAGAGUCAAAGGGUGAGAUCAAAGAGUUUUCUCCAAAUGUCAUAUAUGAAGAUGGCUCGUCCCAGUAUUUGGUAGUGGAAAGAAUCCUAAACCAAGACCCUGAACAUUCCAGUUUUAAAGGAGGCUGGAAAUGUGAGGACACUCAGAUGCAAGGAAAUCAGGGGUGUAUCCGGCGUGUGUCAGCCUCUCAUCAAGGAGCACUGUCGCAGCGCAUGAGUGUCAGUACCGGCGAGAGGCCCUAUGGAUGUCAUGAAUGUGGAAAAACCUUCAGUCGGCGCUUUUCCCUUGUGUUACACCAGAGGACUCAUACUGGAGAGAAACCGUACAUAUGUUCAGAAUGUGGCAAAACCUUUAGCCAGAUCUCCAACCUUGUGAAACAUCAGAUGAUACAUACUGGAAAGAAACCCCACGAGUGUAAGGACUGUAACAAAACAUUCAGUUACCUCUCAUUCCUUAUUGAACACCGGAGAACCCAUACUGGGGAGAAACCUUACGAAUGUACGGAAUGUGGAAAAGCCUUUAGCCGUGCCUCAAACCUCACACGACAUCAGAGAAUUCAUAUAGGAAAGAAACAGUAUAUUUGUAGGAAAUGUGGGAAAGCCUUUAGCAGUGGCUCAGAACUUAUUCGCCACCAGAUCACACAUACGGGAGAGAAGCCUUACGAAUGCAUUGAAUGUGGGAAGGCGUUUCGCCGUUCCUCACACCUUACGCGGCAUCAGAGCACCCAUACCUCCAAAACCCCCUAUGAGUGUAAUGAGUGUAGGAAAGCCUUCCGCUGCCACUCGUUCCUUAUCAAACACCAGAGGAUUCACGCUGGAGAGAAGCUCUAUGAGUGUGACGAAUGUGGUAAGGUUUUCACGUGGCAUGCAUCCCUUAUGCAACAUAUGAAAAUUCAUACUGGAGAAAAGCCGUAUGCAUGUACUGAGUGCGAUAAAACCUUCAGUCGGAGCUUCUCCCUCAUUCUGCAUCAGAUAACUCACACUGGGGAGAAACCCUAUGUAUGUAAGGUAUGCAAUAAGUCCUUCAGCUGGAGCUCAAACCUGGCCAAACAUCAGAGAACACACAGCCUAGAGAACCCCUAUGAGUUUGAGAAUUCGUUCAGUUAUCACUCGUUCCUUACUGAGCGCAACGGGAUUCGCACUACAGAGAAAACCUAACAAUGUAUGGAUUCAAAACAAAACCAGAAACAGUUAAUGCCUUACUUUGACUUCAGAGGAUUCCUGGAAAGAAGCCUUAAGUGAAUAUGUUGAAUGUUAUACUUGAUUCAACUUCCUGGAACAUAGGAGCCCAGGGAUGUGUUGGAAAGCCAUGAGCACGUUCUUUUUGUAACAUCAGAAGAUGAAAUCAGAACUGAGAGGACUUACCUGGUACCAUUCCCUCAUUGGACAUUUGUAAAUUCCUACCAGGGAAGGACAUGUGGCCAAUAAAUGUGAGGAAGCUUUUACUGAGAAAUUGGCCCCAACUCUGCAUCUGUCAGCCCAAAUAGGACAGAACGUGUGGGCAAGAGUUGUUUUCCUUUUUCCUGGACAUCAGAAAAUUCAUAAUGAAGCAAAGUCAUGCAAAUGCAGUGAUUUGGCAAUGUUUUUGCGUACCAUGCAAUAUUUAUUAAGUUUGAAAAUACUCUCAAGAGAAAAAGCAACCCUAUAAAUGAACUGAAUAGAGGGUGACUUUCUGCUUUAUUUCAGAACUGCAGAAUUAUACUGGGGAGAAACCCAUCAUAGGGAGUGUGGCAAGAUCUUGAGUUCUGAGAAGUCCUACUGGAGGGAGUUGGGGAGGUUUUUUUUGGGGGCGGGGGUAUUUUUGUUUUAAAGCAAACUCCGAAAAGAAAGCUAUGAAUAAAUGUUUGGUUUUUAGUUAAUUAAUCUGGUACUUGCAGAGUUUUUUUCCAUGGCAUGUAUCCUUCUGAAAGUGCAAACACCCCAGUGUCGACAUCAGCAGUGAAGACUCGUGUGCCUUGGUAGAAACGUACAUGGUCACAGAAACAUUUUUCGUAUGUUCAUGGCUUUAACUUGGAGAUAGAGUUUGGAUUUAAGGUUAUGCUCACUCAUGUUUAUCCUUGAAUGUAACUAGACCUGUCUUAGCUUGAAGUGAAUGUACAUAAGGUGUGUUGCAGGAAAACACCAAGGUGGUUUUCCUCUUUUGAUCCACUUACAGUGGGAACAUUACUUUUGUAAGCACGUAUUUGUCAGAAUAAACCAGACGAUGUUUUUACUCCAUGUA